AACUAAUAAACCCCACGCGCGUGUACGGUAAAAAUAUAUGUAUCGUCUUCUACAAGAAAUGAAAACCUCAUCCGUGAGGCAAACCCAACCAGGUGAUCGAUCACCUCAUCAAAUUCCAUCUUCUCUUCUACUUGGUCAAAUUUGGAUCCACAACUUCCAAUCAUAAAACUAUAUAUACGUUCAGAUAUAGAGCGAUAUUGGGACAAGAAAGUUUAGUGAGAGAAAGAGAGAUGGAUUUCGAGCUGAGAAGGGCGAGGGAGAAGAUAGAGAAAGAGCAGAGGGAGAGGAAAGAGAAGGCGAGGUUGAAGCAGGAACGAGAGAGGAAAUCGAGACAAGAAGCCGCUCGCCAACGGGAAGCCAUUGAAGCCGAUCAGCGAUCGAGGAGGAUCGAUGCUGCUGAAGCCCAACUCAAGGCUGAACAGGAAAUGGAGGAAAAUCUACUUGCUGGAAGAGGCAUUUUGUUUUGUCGUAUUCUAGAAGCUGUGCCUUACCAGGGCCAUGGAGAUAAAAUCAAACUACCACCUUCCUGUGUCACAGAGUUGUCACAAGUUGCUUUGGACAAAGGACCACUGCAUUUCCGGUUAUUAGUAAUCGAUCAAGAAGCUCAUUCGGAUAUCAAAGAUGAUCAAAAGAACCAGACAACACACGCUGGUGUCCUGGAAUUUACUGCAGAGGAAGGUUCAGUUGGCCUACCUCCUCAUGUAUGGAGUAACUUAUUCCCUUCUGGUUCUUCAAAGGCUUCUUUUAUUGAAGUUCGUUAUGUUUGGCUUCCAAAAGGGACUUAUGCCAAACUCCAGCCAGAUGAAUUGGGUUUUUCAGACAUACCUAACCACAAGGCCGUUCUUGAAACAAGCCUUCGCCAGCAUGCAACUCUUUCUCAAGGUGAUGUGCUUACGGUAAGCCAUGGUGUACUGACAUACCAUUUACGUGUCCUUGAGUUGAAGCCAUCUUCAAGUGUAUCUGUCCUAGAGACAGAUAUUGAGGCCGAUAUUGUGGGCCCUGAUACAAUUCCAGAGAGUACAAAUCAACAUGUCCUGAAACCUCUUAUACUUGGAAAAUCAGAAUCUGGAAUUGUGGUGGAAGGGCACUAUGUAUAUUAUAAGUUCUCUAUAGAUGAAGAAACUUGGGUUAGGAUUUCUUCUGCGGAUGCAAAAAUUGAGAUAAAGAUAGAGUCGGAUACACAGGAUGGGGAUACAGAUCUUUACAUUUCAAGGCAUCCUCUUUUAUUUCCAACUCGGCACCAGCACGAAUGGUCUUCCCAUGAUGUGGGUUCAAAGGCUUUGAUCCUUAGCUCUAAGGACCAGAGACUGGGAAUAGGUAUUUAUAGCAUUGGUGUAUAUGGCUUCAAGGGAACAGGUAAGUACCAGGUAUCGGUGACUAUUCAAGAGAACCAAGACCGUAAAGCUGGCCAGCAAGCUGUGUCAUCGUCUUCACCUAUGGACAUGGAUACUGUAGAGUGCAGGAAUUGCAAGCAUUAUAUACCUUCUAGGACUAUAGCACUGCAUGAGGCAUACUGUAGCAGACAUAAUGUCCCCUGUCAGUAUGUUGGUUGUGGGGUUGUUCUAAGGAUUGAGGAGGCCAAAAACCAUAUCCACUGUAACAAGUGCGGACAAGCUUUUCACCGAGGUGAGAUUGAGAAACAUAUGAAGGUUUUCCAUGAGCCGCUUCACUGCCCCUGUGGAGUUGUCCUUGAGAAGGAACAGAUGGUUCAACACCAGACCAAAGAUUGCCCCUUGCGCUUAAUUACAUGCCGGUUCUGUGGUGACAUGGUUCAAGCUGGGACUUCUGCUGAAGAUGUACGGGACCGAUUCAGAGGGCUUUCGGAGCACGAGAGUGUUUGUGGGUCCAGAACGGCCCCAUGUGAUUCUUGCGGGCGAUCUGUCAUGCUGAAGGAGAUGGACAUUCACCGAGUUGCUGUCCAUCAAAAGAAUUAAUCCGGAAUUUACUUUUCUGCUGGUGUGUUCUCGACUUGUGAGAGUUUGUAUUGAGCUUGUUCACAAGGCUUGUUGCUGAAAACAUCAGUAGCGCUGCUACAUGUUCUGUAGAGCUCAACGGGAUUGCUCUGGCGCCGGUAUAUUGUUGUAUGAACUACUAAAGGACAUCCGCAUCUAUGAAAGCAGCAGAACAGUGUCCAUCAGAAAAUCAGUGUUUGUAGUUUUCUGCUGUUAAUGCAGUCGCUUGUAUCCCAAAUUGCAUAAUCAUAUAAAGAUGUUUAGCAACGAAUGCACUGGUAUUGGAUACCGGUUGUUAUUUAUGGUUGAUGAUGGGGGUUAGAGACCGCAUUGUAUCCAUGGAGUAAUUGUUAUCUUACAUGUCUUCUUUAUUC